UCGCGUGGCGGUGGGAGCGUGGUUGCUAGGGGCGCCGGACGCAGGCCGCCCGCCCGCCCGCCCGCCCGCUCGCUCGCUCGCUCCGACCAGCAGCAGGCCGAGGAAGGAAGCAGCAGCUGGGAGCCGGUCCGCCGGGCCGAUGAACAUGAGGAUGCAGGAGUUGCUGCCAGAGGGCCCUGUGGCCACACAACCAUGAUGCUGGCCCCUCAUGGCCUUCGCUGGAACCGAGCACGUCCGAUUAGGCCUCCGCCGGCAGAACAGCUUCAAGCAGGCUGGACCCUCUGGUACAGGGCCUUUCCCGGCCUCCGAGCAAACUCCUGAGGGCCAAGGCUGGGCCCAGGCCCACCAUCAGGUGAAGCCAAUCUGGAAAGUGGAGAAGAAACACACAGGGGCGCUGCCAGCAGGGCUGGGCCCCAGCCUCCUGGGGGUCCCCCAGCAGCCCGCCUAUUUCUUUUGCCCCCGGGCUCUGUGCCUGUCGGGCAGCACUUCAGUCCUCACCGGCCGUGCCAACUCCUACCUGCAGUCACUGCCAGACCUGUUCGGCAACACACUACUGUACCGCCGUACCAACUCUCGGCAUCGACCCUACCAGCAGCUGGAGUCCUUUUGCCUGCGUUCUACCCCGGCCCAGAAAAGACCCUUUUCAUUCCCUCCGAGUAGCCUUCGCGUCAGUCUCACUGCCAAUAAGGUUGCUUCAGUCUCGGCCUCCGCCAUGGCCCUGCCACUGGCCUCCUCCUCGGCCCCUGAGCCCUACCUCUCCUUGGGGGCGGCUGGGGAGAAUGCCUCUGGGAAGAGCCUGGUGGCCACCAUCUCAGGGCAGGCCCCCUUGCCGCUCAGCCCGCCUACCGCCUUCAAGCCUGUGCUGAACAACAACUCCUUUCUGUGGCCACAGAACACCAAAGUGCCUUUGCUGCCAGCCACUGAUGCCCUGAAGCCACUCGUGCCCCCCAAGAUCCAGCUGGUCUCCUGGCAUCCCUCCCAUUACUCUGGGGGCACCGGUGACUGUGCCAUCCCGCCCCUGGAGCACAAAUUCCUGGAGGUUGGGCCAGUGGCCCCCAUCACUGAUCCCCACAAGCAGGCCAGCCUGGACCUGAACGGAGACCCCACAACCCCAGCCCCUACCAAGGAAGUCGAGCUCACUGAGGCUGUGCGGAAGCUGGUUGUCAGGGGCUUUGAGAAGAGCUCCCGAGAAGGUGGCUGCUGGCCGGAGCAUCCUCGCCUCCUGACUCCCUGCUUGCCUGGCAGUGCCCUGGGCAGAAGCCAGCUACGGAAAACUCCCUAUGAGAGCCCGCAGCCCCAGCAGUUGCAGUCCCCACAGACCCCACAGCCCCCUCAAGAGGAGGCAGCCGAUGUCACCAGUGACACCCAGGUCUUCUGUACCAAGCGCAUCAGCAUUCACCUCCUUGCCUCCCACAAUGCUGCCGUUUCCUCCUCCACCAGUAGACUUAGUCCCAGCCCAUCCUGUGCGGCUGGGGUCAGCCCCCCGGACUUGCCCCUCGAAGAAGACCAAACUCCUGUUCCGCCUUCUUCACCUCAGCCAUCCGAGCCUGACAUCUCUGGUGUGACCACGGACCUCUCCUCCAUUCACCUGGGCCAGUCUGGGAACGAGGGGCCUGCAGAAAGCAGGAAGCUAGACUUGCCUGCAGGUUCAGCUGCUGAUCUCCAGCCCAACCAGGUGGAGGGCGAAGACUUGGAAGAAGAGCUAGUGGAUGGCUUGGAGGAUUUCUGUAGCCACAAUGAAGAUGAACAGGAGGAAGGAGACUCGGACUGUUCCUCCUCAUCUUCUAUACCCCGAGGUGACGAGUCGCUGGUGGUGAUCUCUCGGAGCUGCAAGGAGAUCCUGACCAAAUCCUUCACCAGCGAGAAAGUCGUCCAGCCAGCUCUGGUCUACAGUCUCUUCCCCAAUGUGCCUCCCACCAUCUACUUCGGCACCCGGAAUGAGAGAGUGGAGAAACUUCCCUGGGAGCAGAGGAGGCUGUUGCGGUGGAAGAUGAGCACGGUGACCCCCAACAUCGUCAAGCAGACCAUUGGGCGCUCCCACUUCAAAAUUAGCAAGCGGAACGAUGACUGGCUGGGCUGCUGGGGUCACCACAUGAAGUCCCCCAGUUUCCGGUCCAUCCGGGAGUAUCAGAAGCUCAACCACUUCCCAGGUUCGUUCCAGAUUGGGCGGAAGGACCGUCUUUGGCGGAACCUGUCCCGGAUGCAGAGCCGCUUUGGCAAAAAGGAAUUUAGUUUCUUCCCGCAGUCCUUUAUCCUGCCGCAGGAUGCCAAGCUCUUGCGGAAAGCCUGGGAGAGCAACACCCGCCAAAAGUGGAUUGUCAAACCACCAGCAUCUGCUCGAGGCAUCGGCAUCCAGGUGAUUCACAAGUGGAACCAGCUCCCCAAGCGCCGGCCGCUUCUAGUGCAGAGGUACCUACAUAAACCCUACCUCAUCAGUGGCAGCAAGUUUGAUCUGCGCAUCUAUGUUUACGUCACUUGUUAUGACCCUCUGCGGAUUUACCUCUUUUCUGAUGGACUUGUUCGUUUUGCCAGUUGCAAGUAUUCCCCUUCAAUGAAGAGCCUGGGCAACAAGUUCAUGCACCUGACCAACUACAGUGUCAAUAAGAAGAACACCGAAUACCAGACCAAUGAGGAUGAAACCGCUUGCCAGGGCCACAAAUGGGCACUCAAGGCCUUAUGGAACUACCUGAACCAGAAGGGAAUCAACAGUGAUGCCAUUUGGGAGAAGAUCAAGGAUGUUGUUGUCAAAACCAUCAUUUCGUCAGAGCCAUAUGUGACGAGCCUGCUGAAGAUGUACGUGAGGCAGCCAUACAGCUGCCAUGAGCUAUUUGGCUUCGACAUCAUGCUGGAUGAGAACCUCAAGCCCUGGGUCUUAGAAGUCAACAUUUCCCCAAGCCUUCAUUCCAACACGCCCUUGGACAUCAGCAUCAAAGGCCAGAUGAUUCGGGAUCUGCUCAACUUGGCAGGCUUUGUGCUGCCUAGCUCUGAGGAGCUUCUGUCUAGCAGCUCCAGCGGCUCCAGUGGCUCCAGUGGCUCCAGUGGCUCCAGCGGCUCCAGCAGCUCCAAUCUAAGCCUCCCCGGGUCCAAGGUCAAAUGUCAAAUGACCCCUGAGCACUUCACAGCACAGCGACUGAAGAAGGCUUAUUACCUGAACCAGAAAAUCCCCGAUCAGGACUUCUACGCCUCUGUGCUGGAUGUCCUGACUCCAGAUGAUGUCCGAGUUCUCGUGGAGCUGGAAGAUGAGUUUUCUCGGCGCGGGCAGUUCGAGCGCAUUUUCCCUUCUCGAAUCUCCUCUCGCUAUCUCCGCUUUUUUGAGCAGCCGCGAUACUUCAACAUUCUUACCACACAGUGGGAACAGAAGUACCAUGGCAACAAGCUCAAAGGUGUAGACCUUCUACGCAGUUGGUGCUAUAAAGGGUUACACACGGGGCCCAUCUCUGACUCUGCACCCAUGUGGUCCCUCCCAGCAACCAUCCUGUCUGCUCCUAAAUCUGAUUUGAUGUACAGCCUCUUCUCCAGGUCCGAGACUGGCAGACCAGGGAAACACAGUUCCUCCUGGGGAAUCAUGCCCCCUGUUGAAGAUGGGACCUCUCCCAAGCCCAGGAAAACCGAAUUUGACCUCGCCCAUCUCCCCAGGAGACGAUCCCUUUCUCCAUCAAAAGAUGGGAAUGGUGGCAGCAGAGAGGUUGGCUGCACACUUCCCGCCAUCAAAUCCUCUGGGAAGGCCUCACGGUUUGCGGCCACCUCUCAUCAGCCAAGCAGCGACCACCUCCUGGCCACAGCAAGCCUGUGAUGGUCCCUGGUCAUGAUCCCAGCCCUAGAGCACCAGCGCUAUAGCUACCUCAUGGGAGCGGCUGGCCAGCCAGCUGGCCACCGGCCAGAGCCUUGGCCCUCCAGCGUGCCCCUCCACAGAGUAUUUUGGAGAGUUCAAGUACAGAGAUGGGCAUCUAGAGGGCCAGGGGUGUAUGGGGCCGGGGUGAGGGUGAAGGGCCACCCUGUCCCCUGUCCGCCCAACUGCACCUCAUACUUGAGCAGAGAAGCCAGUGAUGGCCGUUCAGCCUUAUAAAUUGGGGUUUGGUUUCUA